AUGUCAGAUAUAUUUAACGAGAGCGAAUUGUCUGGCCUUGAUGCACAUAGCGUGUUUGCACAUAAUGAGACCUCCAGUUAUCAAAAGAAAAAAAGAAAAUUCGAUGAAAAUUCCAAUAUAGGAAGAAACGAUGUAAUGGAUGAAGAGGAGGGAGAAAAUGAAGAAGGAGAAGGAGGAGGAGAAGAAGAAGAAGAAGAAGAGGAUGAAGAUGAAGAAGAUGAUGAACCAUCAUAUGUUCAAGAUGAGAAUAUGGCAAAAGUAUUUGAGAAGUUUUUAAAAACUUUUUCAGAAAAAAAAAAUGAUGAAGAAUAUGAUGAUGAAGAUGGAGAUAAUGAUAGUGUAUGGAAAGACAAUAUAAAUUUCGAUUUUCCAAGUUCAUUAGAAAUAGCUAAAGAUGCCCAUUAUGUAUUAUUACUUUUUUCAAUUCUUCAAAAUUCAUACUCAAGAAAUAAAGUCUUGGUAGUAGAUAUGAAACAUGUACUAAUGUGGGAACCAACGGAUAAGAAUCGUUUUGACAUAGGUAGUCAAUUAUAUAUGUAUAUAAAAAGACAUUUCCUCAGAAUAUUAGACAUAUUUGAACAGAAAGUACAAGCCUUAGCAGAAAGUAUUAAUCCUAUAAAAACAAAAGAAGUAGGGAAAUUAUGCCUUAGAUUUUAUAAUAAAAAAAAUCCUAUUCAUUCAUUGAGAAGUUUAAGAUGUGAAAUGCUUGGUGAAAUGAUAAGUGUACGGGGACAAGUAACCAGAACAUCUGAUGUUAGACCAGAGUUAACAUUAGCUGCUUUUAAAUGUAACGAAUGUGGAAAUAUUAUAAAUGGAGUUAAACAACAAUUUAGAUAUACACAACCAAGUAAAUGCCCAUCUGCAAGUUGUAGUAAUAUGUAUGAUUGGGCAUUAGUACUAGAACAGUCUUAUUUUGUGGAUUGGCAAAAAAUUAGAUUACAAGAAAUAGCACAAGAGAGUCCUCCUGGAUCCAUGCCUAGAAAUAUGGAUGUUAUUUUAAGAAAUGAUAUUGUGGAUUCUGUACAUGCAGGAGAUAGAAUUAUAGUAACUGGUUGUUUAAUUGUUGUUCCAGAUAUUCCUACUUUAAUGAAACCUGGUGAUAUUCCAAGAAGUGUAGCUAGACAAAUUUUAAAAAAAAAUGAAAAUUCCUUAGUUUCUCAAGGGCUAACAGGUAUUAAAGGGGUUGGUGUACAAGAUUUGAAUCAUAAGUUAUGUAUAUAUGCAUGUCAAAUUGAGAAAUUAAAUAAUUCAAAGAAAGAUAACUCUUUCGAUGAACAAACACAAGUAGAUAUCAAUUGUGAAGAAAUAUUAAAUUGUGAUGAUUUGAAAUGGUUGAGAGAUAUUGCAAUGCAUCCUAACACUGUUGAUAUAUUAGCUGAAUGUAUAGCACCAAAAAUUUGGGGAAAUAUUGAAAUAAAAAAAGGUGCAUUAUUAAUGAUGACAGGAGGUGUUCAGAAAAUUACGUCUAAUUGUAAACUGAGAGGAGAUAUUAACAUGUGUAUAGUAGGAGAUCCAGGAACAGCAAAAAGUGAAAUAUUAAAAUAUGUAGAAAGUUUUGCACCAAGAGCUAUAUUCACAUCUGGAAAAGGGUCCACAGCUGCAGGAUUAACCGCAGCUGUGCAUAGGGAUCCAGAUCAAGGAGAUACUGUACUAGAAGCAGGUGCAUUAAUGUAUGCAGAUCAAGGUAUUUGUUGUAUUGAUGAAUUUGAUAAAAUGGAUGAAAAAGACAGAGUAGCAAUACAUGAAGCCAUGGAACAACAAACCAUUUCCAUAACAAAAGCUGGUAUUCAAGCAACACUGAAUGCAAGGGCAUCCGUCUUAGCUGCAUGUAAUCCAAAAUAUGGAAGAUAUGAUACAUUAAAAACAUUUGCACAGAAUGUGAAUAUCCCUGCACCAUUACUUUCUCGUUUUGAUCUAUUUUAUACCAUGUUGGAUAGCAUAGAUUUAGAUAAAGACACGAAUAUAGCUAACCAUUUAGUUUCUAUGCACUGUGGAGAAGAAGCAGAAAAACAUAUGAAAGCUAAUGCAGGAAAGUUAGAUACUGUGAAAUUGGAAAUUUAUUUAGAAUUAAGUAAAAGAGUAAAACCACUAUUAACAGAUGAGGCAAAAUAUAAAUUAAUACAUUAUUAUGUAUCUUUUAGAAAUAUUGAAUAUUCUCCAGGUGCACAGAGAUCAAUGAGAAUGACAGUUAGACAGUUAGAAUCUCUCAUUCGAUUAAGUGAAGCAGUAGCUAAAUUAAAAUUUUCUCAUUUUGUAGAUGUAAAACAUGUCGAAAUAGCUUGUUCAAUAUUUAAAGCUUCGAUGAAAAAAAUAUCCAAUGAGAAGGAAAUAAAUUUGGAUGAAGAAUUUGAUAAAGUUAGUAAUUCUAUCUUAAAUAAUAAAACAAGUAAAAUUAUUCAAUCAGAAAUGAACGAAAAUAAUCCUGCAGAAAAUAAAAAAAUUACUACUAUUAAGGCAAGUGAAUAUCAAUAUAUAUCUGCUGUCAUUUUUGAAAUUAUAAAAGAAUAUGAAUUUAACAAUAAUAAUGAAAGUAUUACACAGGAUCAGCUUAUUGAGACCUAUCUCCAAGUGUAUGCAAAAGCUGAAUCCACUGAACACGUGGAUCAAUGGAUUUACAAAUUGAAAAAAAUUAUUCAAAGAUUGAUAAACCAGGACAUGAAGCUAUUAUCCGAAGUCAAUGAACAAGAUACUGAAAAUGUUGUUCUUCGAAUUCAUCCCAAUUACGCAGGUCCUAUAGUAGAGGGAGUUGUCUCGAAUAAAAAUACAUAUGGCUAUAACACGUUUAAGAAUUAUCAAACUGAGGAUAAAAUUCCAGAGGACGACGUGGAUUUCCAAGAGGACAUUGACAAUUUCUGA